AAUUCAACAAGCAAGCGACGUCGUAUAAUACUAAUACAGAGUUGCCGACGAGAAUCCACAUCGGCCCAAAUCAAAAUAUAUGGGCCCAUUUAGUGCUCUCCCUCCACUACGAGUCUUGCGUGGCCAAUACACGUGACGGGACAGCCCUCUUUGACUCUAUGACAUUAUGUAGCGCCACGCGGACUUAUCCAGUUGUAUACAUCUGACGGUUGUGAAAGAAACAAUUCACUCGUCACCGCGUAACACGAUUGGGAUCUCCGUUAAUUUCUGGAACUAUCUGCUCACAUUCCAAAGGAACCAAACCAAAGUCUUGGCUUAUAUAAACACCAAACCGGCGAUAUCGUUACGACCCCUGAAAAAAUAAAAUAAAAACAAGGUUAAGGAAAGAAAAAGAAAAGAAAAAAGAAAAUGAUGAUGAUGAAGUCCUUGAUCUGUCUCUCUCUCGUCCUCCUUCCUCUCGUCUCCGUCGUGGAAGGUGGUCUCGGUGGUGGUGGCUACGGUAGCCAGAAGCCGAUCAAGAAUCUGUCGGAUCCGAACGUUGUCGCGGUCGCCAAGUAUGCCAUUGCGGAGCAUAACAAACAAUCGAAGGAGAGUCUUGUUUUCGUGAAGGUUGUGGAGGGAACGACGCAAGUGGUCGCCGGUACAAAGUACGAUCUGAAAAUCGCGGCCAAGAAUGGUGCUGGUAAGGUCUUGAACUACGAGGCCGUCGUGGUUGAAAAGCUGUGGCUUCAUUCCAAGACCCUUGAGUCUUUCAAGGCCGUCUAGAUCUUCAUUUCCACUUUGUUGUUGUAGAUCGAUCUCGGAUUUUUUAAAUCUAUCUAUAUAUGGCUUUUGAUGAUUUGAGAUUUUGACAUUUUAUCUUGUUUUAUUGCUGUCUUGGUUAUAAUUAUUUUUGGAAUAAAAGAAAUAAAUUAGAGAGAUACAGUGUGUGUUUGAGA